UCUCGCUAAGCUGCCUUUUGUCGUGAUAUCUGUGCAGAUGUUGACUUUGCUGUAGUUAGUGUAUUUACUAUGUAGUAUUUACUUAAUUGAGGAGCAGCAACAGCAGAAGUAGAAGCUGAAGUUGAGUUUACGGUAGUGAAGGGAAGUGAUCCUAUUCUGUUCGUGAUGAUAGAUCGUAAAAUAAGGUGAAGAUCAUAUAACUUUGGAUAUAUGAAGAUGAGUCUUCCUGGAAGCCACGCCAGUGAUCCUGAAGUUAAUUCAAGCUCAGAGGAUGAAGAGUCAACAGAUAAUGCUGAUGAGAGCUCGUCAUCCUCUGAAGAAGAAUUGAAACCUAUCAGUUCCUUUAUCAAUAACAGAAGGAAGAUGUUGGAAGUAGCAUUCUCCGCAGUCAGUGAAGAUAAAUUAAAAGCAAUAGUUCCUCCUUUUCUCAAGGAUGCUACACUUGAUGAAUUGAAGAUAAUCUGCUAUGAAGAGCUUUGUAGUCUUACAGAUGAAGCUUUAAAGUCAAUUUUGGAAGGUAAUAAUUGGGAUGAAUCAUCAACUUCAGACGAUGAGAAAUCAACAAGCAGUACGGAAAUUGGCAGCCAUGAACCGAGAACAGUUUGUGGAUUGGAGGCUUUCGACUCGGAAGACACUAUCACUAGCACCGAUUCAAAGAAUAAAGACAUCCUAGAAAUAGGAAUCUCUGAGGAGGAAGUGAGUCAUUUGCUUAAAGAAAUUCCAAAUCCUCAGCAUACUUCAAAGGAUACUCGGGCUACGCCUUCACCAUCACAUAGUGUAGCAUCAGUCAGUGGCAAAAAACACGAUAUGUCAGAUGAUGUCUCACCAAUUGACAAGGAUGCCUUAAAUAUUGUGGAAGUUGACUCGAAUGCCCCUGGUGGGGAUUCGUUGGAGCUUGUGGAGCUCGAACAUCGAGCUCGUUCAAUUCGGUCAUUGAUAAUGCAGUGUGAUGCUGAAAGAGAGAAUGUAUCUGAAAUUAGUGACAAGUCUGCAGGAAUUGGUUCAACUGAAUUUGGUAAUAGAAAACACGAUAUUUUAGAUGGUAUCACUGUGACCCAGAAGCAUCAAGAAUUAGAUCCUCUUUUAUUGGUAUGUGCACCUGGAUCUAAAGUGGUCUUAACAUCAUGUAAGAAAAGCGGAACAGAUUUAAACUGUAAAAGUAAACUUACAGUAUAUGAGAGACUUGGUCACAAUGCAGUGCUUGUAUCUGGUGAUUACACAGUUUUGGAAUCUAAAAUUCCAGAAAACAAUUCAACAGAAGUGGCACAUGGAAAUGGGAAAGGUGGUGAUAAUGAAACAGUUGGGUGUGACAGUUGCCUUCCUAGCACUCCAGAAUCAUCAUGUAUUCAUAACUCUACAGGAGUAGAAUCUGUCUUCCAUAAUACAGGUCCAUUGCAAAUAACUAUUAGUGCACUAAAUGUUGGCUCACUGUCUAGGAAAGAUCUGCAAACAAAUCCACAAUCAGCAGAAAAAAUGAAAGAAAAGAAUAUCCAUAAAGUAGUGGAAACAAGUAAAAUGUGUACAAAACUGCGUGAAAGAAUUAAACGCACUCAACAACUUAAAAAAUGUAAAGAAGAUAAUAUUAAAGAAGAAACCAUAAUACUAGGAACAGUUGAGGAAUACAAGUCAUUAAAUACAAAAUAACAUCAGAAUUAUAUUGUGAAAAUAUUCAUUUUAUGUGAAUUUGUGUUAUAUGUGUUGAAUCGGAUAAACCAGUAAAAUUACCUAUGUUAUAAUUUAAUGCCACUUCAUAAUAAAUAGCCUCU